UCCCAACCAACGAUGCACGUCGGAAACCAAACCUUAGUGACUCAGUUUAUCCUCCGUGGGUUCCCUAUGUCCCUAGAGCUGCAGACCUCUCUCUUCAUGGUGGUUCUGCUCAUGUAUAUACUCACCAUCGUCGGCAACGUUCUUAUCAUUGUUAUUGUUAUCCGUGACCCUUGUCUCCACACCCCCAUGUAUUUCUUCCUGGGGAACCUCUCUUUCCUUGAGAUCUGGUACAUCACCACGCUGGUGCCAAAGAUGCUGGCUAAUUUCUUGGCCCAGAAGAGGUCCAUCUCCCUCCGAUGCUGCUUGACACAAGCCUUUUUUCACUUCUUCCUGGGUGCCACCGAGUUUUUCCUGCUGGCCGCUAUGUCCUUUGACCGAUACUUAGCUGUCUGUGACCCCUUGCAUUAUGGGGCUGUCAUGAGCAAUGGGCUCUGCCUCUGGUUAGCCUUGGGGUCGUGGUUGGGUGGCUUCUUGACUGUCUUCCUGCAGACCAUCCUGGUUUGCCAACUCCCCUUCUGUGGCCCAAACCUCAUUAACCACUUCUACUGUGACGUGGCCCCAUUGCUGAAGUUGGCUUGUGCCGACACUCGCUUCAUAGAGCAGGUAGUGUUUACAGUGGCUGCCUUAGUUCUCUUGAGCUCCUUCUCCUUCACCACAAUAUGGUAUGUUUUCAUCAUAUCGGCCGUAUUGCGGAUCCCUUCCAACAGUGGGAGGCAGAGGGCAUUUUCCACCUGUGCCUCCCAUCUCACGGUGGUCUCCAUACUGUACGGGACCGUCAUCUUCAUGUACGUGAGGCCAAAAGUGAACUCCUCACUGGAGCUGAACAAGGUGGUUUCAGUGCUGAACACGGUCAUCACUCCCCUCCUGAACCCCUUUAUCUACACGCUGAGGAACAAGGAAGUCCAAGAGACCUUGAAAAAAGCAAUGUGUACAAAAAAGUGCUUGACGAGGAAUGAGAAGGCAAGAUGCUCAGCUGGUAUAAACUAGUUUCACUUCAUUGGACUCAAUGGCACCAGACCACAAGCGAUGUAAAUCAUAGAUUCCGAGGCCAGAAGGGACUUUUGUCAUCAUUUAGUCUGACCCCUUGUAUAACUCAGGCCGGAGAAUUUCUGCAAAAUAAUUCCCAUAGCAGAUGAUUUAGACAAAUAUCCAAUCUUGAUUCAAAAAUUGUCAUUGAUGGUGAAUCCACCAAGACCCUUGGCAAAUUGUUCUAAUGGCUAAUUAUGCUCACGGUUAAACACGUAUGCCUUAUUUCUUCUUCUUGUUUCAACUCAAGAGAUAGCC